CCUCCACACGACCACACCCUUCUCUAUUUCUUCCCCAUCUCUUCCUGCCCGAUCCAUCCGACUACAAACCCUAACACAGCUAGAUCUCCACCUCCGCCGCCGCCGGUGAGACCACCGCACCAGAUCUCCCGAUGGCGUUCCGCCGAAUCCUUUCGGCCGCAGUUCGUCGCCGCUCUGCCGCGGCGGCGGCGGCGGCCGGUAACGCGCGCGAGGCCUCCACGGCCGUCGCCGCGGGUCCUGGCGUCAUCGGCCCUGACGCGCCCGCGGUCCGCGCCCCUCUGAUGCCGUACGAUCGGAUCUCCGAGGCCGUGAACGCGCGGCUCCGGCGGCUCGAGCACCCGGACCCCCGCUUCCUCCGCUACGCCAGCCCCGUGCCCGCCCACGUCGAUCACACGGCCAUCCUGGCUGCGCCGGAGACCCGCGUGACGACGCUACCCAAUGGCCUGCGCGUCGCCACCGAGUCCUCGCUCGCCGCACGCACGGCAACCGUCGGCGUGUGGAUCGACGCGGGGAGCAGGUACGAGAAGGACUCGCAGGCCGGGGUCGCCCAUUUCGUAGAGCACAUGUUGUUCAAGGGAACGGGGAUGCGCACUGCCGGGCAACUCGAGCAGGAGAUCGAGGAUAUCGGCGGCCACCUCAACGCCUACACGUCGCGGGAGCAGACGACCUACUAUGCCAAGGUGCUUGACAAGGACGUCCCACGCGCCCUGGAGGUUCUCGCGGACAUUUUGCAGAACUCUAAUCUGGCGGAGGAACGCAUCGAGCGGGAGCGUGAUGUAAUCCUCAGAGAGAUGGAGGAGGUUGAGGGACAGUCGGAGGAAGUUAUAUUUGAUCAUCUCCAUGCAACUGCAUUCCAGUAUACUUCUCUUGGCCGACCAAUCUUGGGUUCUGCUGAUAACGUCAGGUCUAUCACCCAAGAGGAUCUCAAAGCGUACAUCAAAACUCACUACACUGCUCCUAGAAUGGUUAUUACUGCUGCUGGUGCUGUUAAGCAUGAGGAUAUUGUAGAACAGGCAACGAAACUGUUCGAUAAGCUGUCAACUGACCCAACAACAACUAGUAUGUUAGUUGACAAGGAGCCAGCCUCUUUUACUGGUUCUGAGGUUCGAAUUAUUGAUGAUGACAUGCCACUCGCUCAAUUUGCUGUUGCCUUCAAUGGAGCUUCUUGGGCAGAUCCCGAUUCUAUUGCAUUAAUGGUUAUGCAAACUAUGCUUGGUUCAUGGAACAAGAGUGCUGGAGGAGGGAAGCACAUGGGUUCAGAGCUUGUACAGAGAGUAGCGAUCAAUGACAUCGCCGAGAGCAUAAUGGCAUUCAAUACGAAUUAUAAGGACACUGGUCUGUUUGGUGUAUAUGCUGUUGCUAAGGCUGAUUGCUUGGAUGAUUUGGCUUUUGCAAUUAUGCAAGAGAUGAGUAAACUAUCAUACCGGGUUACAGAAGAAGACGUUAUUCGUGCGCGCAAUCAGCUGAAAUCUUCUAUUCAACUCCACCUCGAUGGUUCAACUGCUGUUGUUGAGGAUAUUGGACGUCAGCUACUCAUCUAUGGCCGUAGAAUUCCUAUUCCUGAGCUUUUUGCAAGAAUAGAUGCAGUUGAUCCAAGCACUAUCAGGCAUGUUGCAAACCGUUUCAUCUUUGACCAGGAUGUUGCUAUUGCUGCAAUGGGUCCUAUUCAGUCACUUCCAGACUACAACUGGUUCAGGCGCAGGACCUACAUGCUCCGGUACUAGAUUCAUCUAGCGGUGUACCAUGUUUACAGUCUGCAAAGGCGAAGAUAAUUGCUUCUUUUGGUAUCAUUAUAUCAUGGCCCCAUCCACGCACAUAGUAUGUGCCCAAGUGGAGGAAUUUUUUGAGUCUUCGUUUUUCUUGCCUUGUCUUCUCUGUCCAAACCCCACAAAGCUGUCAAUAAUGAUAGGCAAAUUCGGCUGACGUGGCUUACUUGGGUGCCACCUGUUGUUUUACGAUGAAUCGUCAUGACUUGCUUUUCCAUCUUUUGUUCGGAGAUUGUUCACUUUCAGCAAAUAAUUUAAUGAAGCUGCUUAUGUAAAGAUGAUGGCUGUUAGCUUCAUUGUGAUCUUUCUGCCAA